CGAAGCACUCAACGUUCCUCUUGCCCCGUUGGAAAAAAACUAAGCCAUAAUUUUGCAAAUGGUGGUUCGAUGAGCAUCAGAAAAUUCAACUAACUUUAGAGACGCUUUAUUCGCAGCACGUGCACCGACGGCUCUUGGCACUAAUCUUGAGGCGAUUUUCGCGGGUCAACACUAUCUGUUAUGGCAUUGGUCGGCACAGUAAAAACAAUCUCGUGAUUUUGAUUGAUAAAAAUCAAGCAGAUCAUCGAGAAGCAAAUCGAAUCUAUCUAGAUUAUCUUUCGUUUGGGUUCUCUAAAAGGGCUGGUGAGUUUGUUGCUAGACUUGGUGGACAGCCGAUAAAUAUUUCAAUGGAUAUGAUUUUCAACAGUAAUCCGGGUGUAAAUUUGUUUAUUAUCAUAUCAACACUCCAGUUUUACUGCUUAUUUUCAAGCUGUGAGAAACAAGGCGGCAUCAUCGGUGGAGCCGGAGAUAAACAAGCCGUCGAACAGACACCGGUCUAUUUAGAUAAAAACCUCGUAGCUUCUUCCUCUCUGCUUGGCAAAGAUGAGCGAUAUCUCACAUAUGGAGUGAGCGCCACAGAAGGAUUUAAUUUGCGACUUGACGUCUUUAUUCGAGUGGCGCACUUGGUAAAACUGCUUCCUAAAGUACAAAACUGGACGCUAGUCCUCCCUCCAUGGGAACAUCUCGAUCAUUGGAGAUCUCCGGUGAAGCAAGAAGGGUUUUCCUGGACAACGUUUUUUGAUGUGAAAAAUUUAAAAUCGUACCUAUCGGUGCUAGAAAUGAAAGAAUUUGCAGGGCAUGACCAGAAGAAAGUUGACGAAGUUUUUGUACUUCAAAGUGACGAGAGGGAGUUUCUGUGGAAUGGAGAAAAGCUCGAUGAAACAGCUUGUUUGGUAGACCCCGGAUAUUAUAGAGAUGUGGAUGGUUUGUAUAAAGAACUUCUGAGAGGUGCCAAUAUUUGCUCCGCAGGAUACAAGUGUCUGUCUGUCCAAGGAACUGCGAAAGUAUUGGUGGAAAAGCUUUCUAAAUCAACAGCAAAGUCAGUAUUUAUAGACAGACUUGAGGAAGUCUUGCAUAUUGUUUAUGGACAGAAAGAUUAUUGGGAGGCCAGGAGAAGUUUAGUCUUUGCCAAACAUCUGCGUGACGAGGGAGAUAAGUUCCGUCAGAAACAUCUGCAGUCAAAUGACAAAGAUGACAAGACAGAAAUGGAGGAUGACUGGAGGAAGAACCACAAGAAGGAAGGUUCUGCAAAAGGUGGUCCAUAUUUGGCUGUUCACUUGAGGAGGGCUGAUUUUCUUUAUGCUCAUCCAGAAAAAGUACCAUCUCUUGAAAGUGUGGUAAAACAAAUAAAGAAACUGUUGAAGAAAUAUAAGCUGAAGAAGGUGUUCUUGGCAACAGAUGCUGAUAGGGAGGAUGUAAAAUACCUGAAAUCCAAGCUUCCGUUGUUCAAGUAUACACCAUCAAAAUCAAUACUGGAGAAGUAUGGUGAUGGCGGCAUGGCUAUUAUAGAUCAGUGGAUUUGUGCUCAUGCAAGAUAUUUUAUUGGAACAUGUGAAUCAACAUUUUCGUUCAGAAUUCACGAAGAGAGAGACAUACUUGGCUUCCAUGCCGACAAUACAUUUAACUGUUUAUGUGGCGAUAAAGAAGAAGGAAAAUGUGAGCAGCCUACGAGAUGGAGAAUUGUAUAUGAUUAAUGUCACAGAAAAUAUUUAGUUCGAAAUAGUGCUAGUCAUAAAGGAAUUUUUUCAUGUAUAUACUGUGCAGGGGUGGAUGCAAAAUUUGCGAAGGGGUGUUGAUUUAGGGACAUUAUCAAUAAAAUCCUCAUCUGACUUAUUUGAUUUGUUCUUAAGAUAAAAAUCCAAAUGCGUUUGAAUAUGUUGAAUGUGAAAAAAAAUGGCAAAAUGUUGCUGGAUUUUGGAUUUUGGAAAAAAUAGUGCGCGAUUUGGAAUUUGGGCCCCCCUUCCAGACCGUCUUCAAUUUCAAGAAAAUGAAAGGUGAUGUAGUAGUAGUUAAAGGUGAUGUAGUGGUAGUGAUGUACUUGCUUUUCAUGUCAAUGUUCUCAAGUUUGAUUCCUGGACAUGACAAUGAGUCAGAUUAUUGUUUUUAUUUGAUUCCAAUGGUUUUUAGUUUUUAAAGAGUUUACAUUACCAGUAAGAAAUUGUGAACCAAAAAUAUAUUAGAUAAUUGAAGUAAAUAAAAUUAGUUUAUAUUAUUAAAAUGGUAGGGGCUUUAAGUUACUGAUUGUACGUUAUGCCCAUAAUUUUGGUUAUGGAAAAUGACAGUCUGGGAAAAAAGCCCUUUUUAUAAAUAACACUAAUAAAUAAUGUGUAAUAAAACUAAA